AUGGAUGAGAAGGAAGUGGUUGUUCUCAGAUCUCAGGAUCUGGACAAUGAAUUUCGUCCGGAUAUUGUCGUUGGUAUUGAUUUUGGCAUGACAUUUACAGGUGUUGCAUACUCAUCUGGUCCCGAAUGGCAUCCUCCCAAGACCAUCCAGCGUUGGCCCGGGAAGGGGCCCGGAGAGCUUGCUAACAAAGUACCCACAUGCAUUGAGUACGAAAAAGGAUCCAACUCGGUCAGAAACUGGGGAUUUGCCUGCAACUAUGAUGAUGAGUCUACCGAAAUUCGAGAGUAUUUCAAAUUGCAUCUUGCAGCGGAUUAUCGUGGACACUAUCCUGGCGAGCCAAGUCGUCAGGAAGCUCAAAAGUGGUUCUCAGAUUACAUCCAUUGUAUCUAUCAACAUGUGAUAUUCGAGUUUCAGAAAAGUGUUCCACAAUUUGAAUCUCGUCAAGUGGAGUUCAUUUUCAGUGUGCCGACAACUUGGAAGGAUGUGCGAAUGGUGGAGGAAACUAGAACUCUGCUGAAACGUGCGAUCAGUGCUAAACAAAAGAAUCACCAUGUCUCGAUUGGAUUGACAGAAGCCGAGGCUGCUGCGGCAUAUUCAGCUAGGGAACACUUUACUAAAGGAGAUACCAUUCUGGUCUGUGAUUCAGGUGGUGGUACUACGGAUGUCAAUGUUCUUAAACUCAUGUCCUCCCUGGGUGAACCAACAAGACUUGAGCAAAUGGGACAGGUCGAAGGACUCCCGAUCGGCUCUGUUUUCGUUGAUAGACAUGUGCACGAAAUACUGACAAAGAAGUUGGAAAAUGCCCAGGACCAUUUGCGGCUUCCCCCUGCUGAGACAGCAUGGGCAAUGACCACCGGUCGCUUUCAACGAUUCAAAUGUGCAUUUGGGAGUGAAGUCACACUAACUCCAUACUUGAAGCUUGAUGUCCCCAACUUGGCUUCGGACUUUGAUUUGCCUGAAGCAGGAAUAUCUGAUGGGCAAAUCAGUAUUGCAUGGACUGACAUCCAGAGUGUUUUUGACACCAAGAUCGAUGCGAUGUGUGGUCUCAUUGACGAGCAAAUACGUCAUGUGUCAGUCAAGUACCCUCAGGAUCAAAUACGCUAUUUGAUUUUGUCCGGAGGGUUUGGCAGCUCCCCAUAUCUGCGAACACGUUUGAUGGAAAGAUAUGCCGAAUCAGAAGCCAACCCGCAUUAUAACGCACACAGCAUGGCAAUUCUUGUUGCAGACGAGCCGCAACUUGUCGUUGUUCAUGGACUAGUCCUGGACCGAGUCCAACAACUCAAGAAAGGUGUCGUGAUGUUUGGUUCUAGAUGCUCUCCUAUGAGCUAUGGGAUCAUUUGUGAUAAGUUAUUUGAUCCUUCAAAACAUUCCUCGGAGCCUUCGCGGUUUGAUGCGCGUGACAAGAAGAAAUUUGCUAUUGGUCAGAUUGACUGGCUUGUGAUCCAGGGAACGCCUAUUCCUUACACGGGACUGAAAAGGCCCUUUCAGUUAAAGAUGAAUCAAGGCCAGGAGAACAAGCCAUGGAAGGUCCAGAUUGUGAUGUCGAGCCUACCAUCUGAUAGACUACCGGAUAGUAUCAGCCAGCCAGGUACUAAUAAGGUUUGCGAUCUGGACAUCUGCAUAGAGGACGUGGAUAAGAAACUGAAAGAUCGACACUGGUAUAACCGAAACCCGGCGUGGUGGAGAACAUCAUUCGAUGUGAAGGUAGUAAUUGGGCCGGCUGAUCUCUCGUUUCAACUUUGGUCGAAGGAUAGGCGAGUGAGGAGCAACAAACAUGAGCCAAUUACGGUAAAAUGGAUGCCAGCUUAG